AUGCAUUGGAAUAUAAUGUCGAAAGAGCAGAGUUCUUCUUCUGUAUCAUUACCAGCUAUAGAUAGCAGUGAGCCUUGUCCGAUCGAAGUUCUGCUUAGAACAAUACCCGAAAAAGGGCUACAAAACAAUGAGUCAACCUUUAAAAUAAAUUCAGUUGAUAAUACUGUGUUAUUUCGGACAAGUAAACCGUUACAUAAUGCGACAGGAAGCCCCCACUCAACAUUUCAGUUUGACAAGGUCUUCGAUGCUAAUGCCACCCAAAAAGACGUUCAAGAUUUUCUUGUAAAUCCAACAAUAAAAGAUAUCCUGAGUGGUUAUAACAGCACGAUCUUAACAUAUGGGCCAAGUUUUAGUGGAAAAUCCUAUUCUCUUCUAGGGUCACAAUACAAUGAGGGAGUACUCCCAAAUAUAUGCCAAGUCUUAUUCGAAACGCUGGAAGAAAAUGAAGAAACAAAGGGAACCAACUUCUGCGUAAGUGUUUUGGCCUUCGAAAUCUAUAUGGAGAAAUCUUACGAUUUGCUGGUACCGUUACCGGAAAGAAAACCAUUGAAACUACAUCGUUCUUCAAGUAAAAUGGACUUGGAGAUAAAAGAUAUUUGUCCAGCACAUAUUAAAUCGUAUGAGGACCUAAGAGGCUAUGUUCAAUCAGUUCAAAAUACCGAGAAUAGAGUGGGACGUGGCGGCAAAGCGGAAAGGUCAAAGUCACACCUGGUUUUUCAACUACACGUAGAACAGAGGAACAGAAGAGAGGAUAUACUGAAAAAUAGCUCUUUAUAUUUGAUUGAUUUACAUGGAGCGGAGAAGUUUGAAAAGAGAACUGAAAAUACACUAUCCCAAGAUGCAUUGAAAAAACUUAACCAGUCUAUUGAAGCCUUGAAAAACAUUGUUCAACUGUUGGCAGUCAAGAACCCGGAUUCUGCAUAUAGCACAAAAGCAUCUCAUAGCUCUACAUACCGCGAAUCCCAAUUAACAGAAGUUUUAAGAGAUUCUCUUGGAGGAAAUAGAAAAAUGAAGGUGAUAUUGACAUGCUUUUUGAGUAAUGUUCCAACUACCAUAUCAACACUAGAAUUUGGUGACAAUAUUCGACAAAUCAUCAACAAAGUUAUGAGUAGCACUACCGGUUUGAAUAUGAAAAAGAAAAUGGAUUUAUUUGUCCAGGACAUGAAAAUUAAAGACGACAAUUACGUCUCUCAAAUCAAUAUUUUGAAGUCAGAACUUGACUCUUUGAAAGACCUCAGCAAUGAAUCUAGUUCUAGAGAGGACAUGAAAACAGAGUUGGAAAAUUACGAAAAAGAAAACGUUAAAUUAAAACUUCAAUUAGACAGUAUUACACAAUUACUAAGUAGUUCAACCAAUGAAAACCCUAACAACAACAUCGACGAUGAAGUUGCUGAAAUAUUAAUGAAAAGGUGCGAACAGAUUGCCCAGCUCGAACUAUCAUUUGAUCGACAGAUGAAUGCUAAUUCCAAGCUGCGGAAAGAGUUCGAAUACAAAAAAUCCAAAGAGGAAGCAUUAGAGUCUAUGAACGUCAGACUACUUGAGCAAAUUCAGCUACAGGAAAAGGAGAUUCAAGAACUACUAACUAAUAACGCCAUUUUGAAAGGUGAACUAGAUACUCAUACCAAACUUGCUGAGACACGUAGUGAGAAAAUAAAGUCCCUAGAAGAUUCUGUGAAAGAACUUACCAAUAAUAAAUCUGCAAUAUCCUCUCCUAGGAAAGGAUCUGUAAGUUCAUCAUCGGCAAACACCAUGUCUCAUAUUGAAGGGGGUUCCGAAUUAUCUAAUAGCCCUCGGUCCGCUAAUACCUCUUCAAAACCAGUAGGGUGGGCUGUGAGGAAAGUGUCUUCUAGUAGCAUAGCAACCACGGGGUCUCAGGAAUCUUUCGCAGCUAGGCCGUUUAAGAAGGGAUUAAAUCUUCAUUCUAUUAAGGUCACUCCAAAUACUCCGAAAAGCCCUGACUUAGGGAGCUGA